AUGGACCUGACCAAUGCAAAUUGGACGAUUUGCUAUUUCUUCUUCCAGGAGAAUAACUACAGUUUGAGGACAGUGACAUCGGCUCUUUGCGCACUACUCCUCCAGCUUUUUGAUGACGAGUCUAGUCUCCUUGUUCAUGCCGUGAAGGAGUAUAGAAUCAAAGGCCAGAAGUUUGCGGAAGAUUUUCAUGCCUUGAGCAGAAUAUUUGGACAGGUGGUUCAACACCAUCCUCGUGAAAAGGUCAUUUGUAUCAUCGACGGCCUGGACGAGUGUGAGGAGACGGGCAGAGACUUGUUGAUUGAUCGUUGGAACAAGUUGAAAUUCUUUGUUACCAGUCGUUACGGCUGGAUUGAAAGACGAUUUACGCAUUCUUCAAUUCUCAGACCAGAUGCUGCCGCGGUCAACAAAGCAGUCAACAAGGAAAUAGCCAUCGUGGUCGAAUCCGAAGUUAGCGAGCUGGGUUUGCGAAUGAAACUCAGCGCUGAGCUUCAAACCACACUCAAGGCGCGCCUUGUAGCCAACGCUGGUCACACAUUUCUUUGGGUAUCUCUCACCCUGGACCAAUUCCGAAGAAGAAAAGACUUUACGGGCUCAGAAAAGCAAUGCUGGGCCAUUCUCAAUGACCUCCCCGCAGACUUGAACGCGGCUUACGAGAGGAUAUUGAAGCGAAGUACAGAUCGCAGAUUGGCGCAGAAGAUCCUACACAUCAUUAUCGCCGCGGCUAGACCUCUCACACUUGUUGAGAUAGGCAUUGCCCUGGCAAUUGAGGUACAAUCCAAAUCAACCAAGGACCUGCAGUCUAGCCGCUUUCCUUUUAUCGAAAGCUCCAUCCAGGACAUAUGCGGCGGACUUGUCAAGAUUAUAGGGACUCGACCAAACCAGAAGAUUGAUCUCGUUCAUCACACGGCGAAGGAAUUCUUAGUUACUCGGCCUUCCCAGCCUAUGCCUCGCGACCAGGGAUUCUUGGCCCUCUCUAUCUGGGCAAUAUAUUGUGUUUAUUUCCCAGUCAUAGACUUCCUUGCCAAAUUUCUGGGUUUAUGGAAGCACUCACUAGACCCAGUGGAAUCGGAUCGUGUUCUAGCAGAAAUAUGCGUCACGUAUCUUUUUUUUGAAGAAUUCAGCAACUGCCCUUUAGUGAUGAACCAUGAGGCCAAGGCGAUCGACAUUCGUGGAACUGUUGAUCGUUACGCGCGGGAAUAUGACUUCCUUGACUACGCCGCAACACACUGGGCUACACACUUCCGCAAAUCUCAAUACCGUGCUCAAGCGACCCUGAUGCAAGCAGCGCUUGAGCUUUGCGACACCAAGUCUAAGAAAUUCCAGACAUGGUUCGGGGUUUACUGGGCUCUGGUAGACUCACUGUGGCCAUGUCCUGAGAACCUCACAGCUUUGAUGGCAGGGUCACUUUGCGGGCACAAGAGAUUAGUUGAAUUUCUUUUGCGGAGCCACGAAGUAGAUAUCGUCGCAAAAGACGACAGUGGAAGGACUGCGUUGAUGUGGGCCGUUGAGAAUGGGCACGAAGAUGUGGCCCAUUUGUUGCUACAGAAUGGUGCAGACGUCAAUGCAAAAGACACGAAUGAAUGGAAUGCCCUGCAUAAAGCAAUUGAAAAGGGAUACAAGGAAUUGGCUCAGCUGCUGCAAGUGAAUGGUGCGGAUGUCUCUGCUGUCACACAACGUGGACACUCCGGGAUCCACUUUGCAGCCCGAAACGGAUUUCAUGAUCUGGUACAACUUAUGCUGGAUUGUGAAGUUGACGUUAAUAUGAGAUCUGCAGUCGGGGAGAUUGGAAAAUGUACGGCCAUGCAUUUCGCUGCUAUGAAUGGGCACAAGGAAGUUGUCUCUCUCUUGUUAGAGAAUGGCGCCGAUGUCAAUGCGGAAACUGGGCUCAUCGGAGAAAAUCUGGCACAAUAUACCCCUCUACACUUCGCAGUCGUAGAAGGACACUUGGAGGUGGCAGAGCUGCUGUUGGAAAAUGGAGGCCUCCUUGCCGCAAGGGACGCAAUGGGAGAGACUCCAUUGCACAAGGCAGCUAGUAGCGGCCAUGAAGAAAUGACCGCCCUACUACUGUCCAAAGCAACCUUCGUCGAUAUUGACUCAAAGACUGAGACCGGAGAGACCCCUCUGCAUCUGGCAGUAAAGAAGAAGGAUCAUGCGGCCGCUACGUGCCUACUCCUGAAGGGGAAUGCCAGCGUUAGGGAAAAGGAUAAGAACGGGGCGCUAGCUUUACACUAUGCAGCAGCCAAGGGCAACCAUGUGGCAGUUCGAGAGCUAAUCGCCCGAGGAGCCAAAAUUUCGGCACGGGACUAUGAUCAAAAGAGUAUCCUACAUUACGCAGCACGAUGUCAAGAACACACCGUUGCACUAAUACUCCUGGAGGAAAAUGCGGAUAUUGAGGCACAAGAUGCCGAUGAGAUGACGGCAUUGCACGAUGCAGCGGUCCAUGGAAACGACGAUGUAGUAGCUUUUUUACUAUCCAAGGGUGCCAAUCCUUGCGCACGGGAUUACGAUGGCAAGACAGCACUUCACCAUGCAGUCGCCAAAGGACGCGAUGCCGUCUUUAGGCUGCUCCUUGCCAAUCCUGACGUCGACCCAAAUUCCAGAGACAAUGCCGGUCGGACACCACUGUCAUGGGCAGUCCCAAACUUUUACCGGUCUGAAAAUGUUGUUGAACAGAUGCUGCGUUGCGAACGUAUCCACCCAGACUCCAGGGACAACGAUGGACGGACACCUCUAUCUUGGGCAGUUCAAUUUAUGCAAAUUAAUGACCCCGUGGCCAGCCUGCUAAUUGAUAUUGGACGUGUUGAUCCGGAUUCCAGGGACAACAACGGACGGACACCUCUGUCUUGGACUGUCCAACAUAUACACUCGGAUAUCCCCGCGGCCAGUCUGCUACUUGAGACCGGCCGUGUUGAUCCGGACUCUAGGGACAACAAUGGACGGACACCUCUGUCUUGGGCCGUCCAAUUCAUGCAUUCGAACGACAUCGGACAACAACGGACGGACACACCUCUGUCUUGGGCUGUCCAAUCCAUGAAAAUAGAUGACCCCGGGCCCAGCCUUCUCCUUGGUACCGGUCGUGUUGAUCCGGACUCCAAAGACAAAUACGGUCGGACGCCCCUCUCAUGGGCAGUGCAAAAUGACCAGCAUGAUCAGUGGGAUCAUGAGGCGGCUGUCAAGUUCCUACUGGGCACUGAGCGUGUGGACAUAAACUCCAAGGAUAUGGAUGGCCGGACACCACUCUCAUGGGCGACGGGAAAAAACAAGUCAAAGAUUAUACAACUUCUGGUCAAAACCGACGGAAUUCAACCGGAUUUGCCAGAUAUCAACGGCCGAACGCCACUUUCAUGGGCAGCACAAUAUGGCGACCCACAUACUGUGAAAGUCUUGCUAGACACCGGUCGCGUCGCACCCGAGAAAUGUGAUGGAAAUGGCCGAACACCGCUCAUAUGGGCAAGGGAGAAAGGAAAUAAUGAUGUUUUCGACCUUCUGAUCCGUUACCAACGUCGCUAUGUGUAUAAAGACCAGUUGGGAGCUAUUGACGGAAGGUAUGAGAUGGAAAUUGGAUACGAGAGUGGAGAUCAAAUGGAAGAAAGCGAGGAGCUUGGACGACGCUAUAGUAUCUAG